AUCUGCCCCAUUCAUUUCUAAUCCUGUACCCGGAAAAGUAACUCUUUGACGUGUAUGCAUGGUACCGUGUGUUUCCGGUAUAGCGUGUGUUCACAGUUAUCCAGCCUUUUCCUCUUGGGUUUCAAUAGAACAGUCACUUUGGAUUCCCGGCUCCUUACCUGUUUCCCCCUAAACGGCGUAUCUAACUUUGUGGACAUGGCAUCAUCAGUUUCGGCACAGGCGAAUCCUGCUCCGGUUGCGGCGCUCCAGAGAGGAAUAGUCAAGAUGGUCUUGUCAGGAUGUGCAAUAAUCGUGAGGGGCCAGCCACGGGGAGGCCCACCCCCGGAGCGUCAGAUCAACCUGAGCAACAUCCGUACCGGAGCGCUAGCUCGCCGCGCCCCCCAGAGCCAGCCCGACCAAAAGGACACCCCUGACGAGCCCUAUGCCUUCCAGGCCAGAGAGUUCCUGCGCAAGAUGCUGAUUGGGAAGGAGGUAUGCUUCACAGUGGAGGUCAAGACUGCUCUGGGCAGAGAAUACGGCAUGGUGUACCUGGGCAGAGACACCACCGGUGAGAACAUUGCUGAAUCUCUGGUGAACGAGGGCCUCGCCACCGUCCGCAGGGAAGGAAUCCGGGGCAACAAUCCAGAUCAGGCUAGACUGUGUGACCUGGAGGACCAGGCCAAGGCCUCCAAGAAGGGCAUGUGGACGGAGGGCGGCGGCACCAACACUGUACGCGACCUCAAGUACAUAAUCGAGAACCCCCGCAACUUCGUUGACUCCAUGCACCAGAAACCUGUCAAUGCCGUCAUUGAGCACGUGCGCGACGGUAGUGUGGUCCGUGCCCUGCUCCUGCCUGACUACUACCUGGUCACGGUCAUGCUCUCUGGGGUCAAGUGUCCGACGUUCAAGCGUGAGGCGGACGGCACGGAGUCGCCAGAGCCCUUCGCUGCCGAGGCCAAGUUCUUCACGGAGUCGCGUCUGCUCCAGAGGGACGUGCAGAUCAUCCUGGAGAGCUGCCCCAACCAGGUCAUCCUGGGUACCGUCCUCCACCCGAACGGGAAUAUCACAGAGCUGCUGCUGAAGGAAGGGUUUGCCCGCUGUGUGGACUGGUCCAUGGCCGUCUACACCCAGGGGGCAGAGAAACUCCGGGCCGGAGAAAAAUCUGCUAAAGAACGUAAAGUGCGUAUCUGGAAGGACUACGUUGCCCCCACAGCCAACAUGGACCAGAAGGACAGGCAGUUUGUGGCCAAGGUGAUGCAGGUCGUCAAUGCGGACGCCGUCGUGGUCAAGCUUAACUCUGGCGAGUACAAGACCAUCCACUUGUCCAGCAUCCGACCCCCCAGGAUCGAGGGCGAGGAGAAGAACAAAGACAAAGACAAGCGUUUCCGUCCCAUCUACGACAUCCCCUACAUGUUCGAGGCCCGCGAGUUCAUGAGGAAGAAGAUCAUUGGCAAGAAGGUGAACGUCACGGUGGACUACAUCAGAGCUGCCACCAGCUCCUCAGAGACCAGCACCAUCCCCGCCUUUGCAGAACGCACCUGUGCCACGGUCACCAUCGGCGGCAUUAACAUAGCCGAGGCGUUGGUCAGUAAAGGUUUUGCCACGGUCAUCCGCUACAGACAGGAUGAUGACCAGCGCUCAUCCCACUACGACGAGCUACUGGCUGCAGAGGCACGGGCAAUCAAGAACGGGAAAGGGCUGCAUAGCAAGAAGGAGGUUCCCAUCCACAGAGUGGCUGAUAUCUCUGGGGAAACACAGAAGGCCAAGCAGUUCCUGCCUUUCCUCCAGAGAGCGGGCCGCUCAGAGGCGGUGGUAGAAUACGUGUUCAGUGGCUCCCGCCUUAAACUCUACAUGCCCAAAGAGACCUGCCUCAUCACCUUCCUCCUCGCCGGUAUCGAGUGUCCGCGCGGCUCCAGGAACAUGCCCGGCGGCAUGCAGGUGGCUGAGCCCUUCAGCGACGAGGCCAUGGCCUUCACCAAGGAGCUGGUACUACAGAGAGAGGUGGAGGUGGAAGUAGAGAGUAUGGACAAGGCUGGUAACUUCAUCGGCUGGCUUCACAUCGAGGGGGUUAACCUGUCGGUGGCGCUGGUAGAGAACGCCCUAUCGAAGGUCCACUUCACGGCCGAGCGUAGCUCCUACUACAAGACCCUGGUAUCCGGAGAGGAGGCCUCCCGUCUCAGGAAAGACAAGAUCUGGGCCAACUAUGAGGAGAAGAAGGUGGAGGAGGUGGUGCACGUGAUGGAGGAGAAAGAGCGCACAGCCAACUACAGAGCUGUAUAUGUCACUGAGAUCACGGACACCAUGCACUUCUACACCCAGGACGUGGAGACAGGCACCCAGCUGGAGAACCUGAUGGAGACCAUGAGGGCAGAGAUCGCCGCCCAGCCCCCAGUGGAGGGCUCGUACGCUGCCCGCCGAGGGGACUACUGCAUCGCCAAUUUCUCCGCGGACGGAGAGUGGUACAGAGCCCGGGUGGAGAAAGUUCAAUCGCCAGCAAAGGUCCAUGUGUUCUACAUCGACUAUGGCAACAGGGAGAUAGUGCCGUCCACGCGCCUGGCUGUCAUUCCCCCAGCUUUCAGCAUUCGGACCCUGGCUGCACAAGCCACUGAGUACACCUUCGCCUACAUCCAGGUCCCACAAGACGAGGAUGCGCGUGCUGACGUGGUAGACAGCCUGGUGCGGGACAUCCAGAACACCCAGUGUCUCCUCAACGUGGAGCACAGCGGCGUCACCUGCCCCCAUGUCACACUGCAGUUCGCCGACUCCAAGGACGACGUGGGCCUCAGCCUGGUCAAGGAGGGCAUGGUCAUGGUGGACGUGCGGAAAGAGAAGCACCUGCAGAAAAUGGUGACGGAGUAUCUCAACGGUCAGGAGUCUGCCAAGACUGCCAGGCUCAACAUCUGGCGCUACGGAGACUUCCGCGACGACGACGCAGACGAGUUUGGCUACAAACUAAAAAAAUGAAAAGCGCACCGUGCCAUUCCAAAGACCAACGCGGAAGACGAGAUGCACUCAUUGGACGAGAAAAAGUGACAGAAAACGAUUCAACGAAAAUAAAACAAAGUAAAGGACAAGCAUUGACUCUCUCUCUUCCUUUUAUUCCAUGUUCAUCCUCCUGGUCCUCUCUCCUGCUACUCUGCACAUCCCUUCCUCCUCCUCCCCUCUCCUGCUACUCUGCACAUCCUUUCCUCCUCCUCCCCUCUCCUGCUACUCUGCACAUCCCUUCCUCAUCCUCCUGGUCCCCUCUCCUGCUACUCUGCACAUCCCUUCCUCAUCCUCCUCCUCCUCUCUCCUGCUACUCUGUACAUCCCUUCCUCCUCCUCCUGGUCCUCUCUCCUGCUACUCUGUACAUCCCUUCCUCCUCCUCCUGGUCCCCUCUCCUGCUACUCUGUACAUCCCUUCCUCCUCCUCCUGGUCCCCUCUCCUGCUACUCUGUACAUCCCUUCCUCCUCCUCCUGGUCCCCUCUACUGCUACUCUGCACAUCCCUUCCUCCUCCUCCUCCUCCCUCCGGACUCUGAAAGAGCAUACUAUAGCUAUGAACUCAUAAAAACAGUGACUGUCCAAUCCUUCCUCUUUUCCACCCUUCCUGAGCCACUACCAGUUGUUCUUAUCAUGUCCCCCCCCCCCCCCCCUGCUGCAGAGCUCCGUUAAUUACCAUGUCAUCCUUUCCUGAUUAGUGAUGUCAUACGCCCACACUAAUCAUGCGCAUCGCUACCUUACCCUAUCCCUACCACAGCCAAUCCCUCCUAUCCGUUGUACAGGAAAGGGGCUAGGCCUUGAGAAGAGGAUCCAUUCACUUUUAUUAUUAACAGCUUUUUGCAGAGAGAAACGCUUCCUUAAUGAAUGACAAGAAAUGAAUAAUGCUAUGUUUUAUGAAGUUAAUUUUAAAAAGCUAGCUCGAGAUCCACACCAACCGGACAAGCUUAUUUCUGUCCUUGAUGUAUACCUAUGUGAUAUGACAUUUAAUGACGUUUAUGUUGGGAGUGUUUUAUUCUCGUCUUUCUUCUUCUCCCUCUCUCUCUCGUGGCCAGAACACCUUGACAAACAGCAUUUUCUCAUCUUCCUCCUCCCUCUUUCUGUAAUGUUUACAUAUGAUGGUGACAUGAUGAUCUCUGUCUCUCUCUCUCUCUGUCUCUGUAUGCCGUAGCAGAAACAGUGUUUGGAUUUGUUUCCUUAUGACAGCCCUUGUCAUUGUAUUAAAAAAUUCUGCUGAAUAAAAAUGAGCAAAUGAUUAAAAAGAA